CAACAAGCGUCAACAGGAGAGCAACCGAUAACAGUAUCGAGAUUAUGCCUGGGAUGUAUAUGCGAGGCUGCUUCUGGAUGUAACGUUACAAUCGGUUGUGACGAAUCUGUCUGCGGGCCGUUUCGUAUAACGUGGGGUUAUUGGGCCGAUGCUGGCAAACCUGCUCUCAACGACAACGCGAAUGAAAAUGAGAUGUGUAAAGAUAGUAGAAUAAUAGAAACACCUGUUUUUCAUUCAGCUUACGCGCAAUGUGUGAACGAUCCUUAUUGCGCAGCUCGCACAGUACAGGGCUACAUGGCGAAAUUUGCUCAAGAUUGUAACGGCGAUGGCAAUGUCAAUUGCGACGAUUUUCUUCGUAUUCAUCGAUUCGGAGGAUACGGAUGCACUGGCCGUUUGAAUUCAAAAUACGAGAACACUUAUAAGCUUUGCAUGCAGACUUUUAGCAAAGAA